AUGGGGUGCACUGCGGGAAAGACGGAGGAGCAAAAUGAGCAACCCAGAAUUGCGAGAUGGUACAGUAACAUGCGGCCGCGCAGUUGGACUACGCAGAGGUUGGACGUGGAGUACAGAGCUCGAUACCUGCCCUUCGAAAUACGAGGGGCUGGCGUGCUUGUCAAAGAAGGUGAGCACCACUUCCGCGUUGACAACAGCAAGCUCGCAGAUCGCUCUCAUGGAGUCUGCUACCGACUUUCGAAGCACGCUGCCGAUAAGGACUUCGAACACGUAGCAUUUUGGAAUACCAUUAUCACUGGAAAAGACACUGGUGACGGCUGGCUUUUAUGUGAUCUUGACGGAGCUAACCUGAAUUUUCUGGACCAGCUGGAGAAGGAGACGCUUGAAUCAGUGUGCUCAAAAUUCUGUUCGAGCGGCGCUCGCUCGAUGCUGUGCUGCUCCACAAGCUCAAAUAUUGAUGGUCGAUGGCUUUCCAAAAGCCGGCCAAGCCACAAGACAAUCUCUGGAGAAGUCGUUCAAGAUGGACCAGCCGCGAAUACGCUUACCUGGGAAGGCAUCAACGCCUUCUCAAUCAUGGUUGCUGGGGAGAAGCGAAGGGCACGCAUUGUGGAAGACCGCUUGAUAUGGAAUGACGGGGAGCUUUGGACCCGAGAUCCGCGCGACAUGGAUGCGCUGAAGAAAACGGAAAAGUGGGGCCAUGACUUGGAAGCUGCUUGCACAGCGAGGUUCCACUGUGUGUGCCAGAAAGGCCUCAAACCGGGAAGCCUGAACCAAGACGCAUGGAGUGUUCUGCGUGUCGAGAACGAGUUUUCCCUGUACACCGUGUGUGACGGUCAUGGACCACGUGGUCAUGAUGUUGCAAAUUUUGUGAAGGACAACUUGCCAAGAUGCUUGAUGAAAGACGAGCGAUUUACUGGCACGAGCUGCAAGGACUCAGUAUUCCUUGAUACAUUCCGGCUGGUUCACAUGUUGAUUGACAGUGCCGAUGCCCAUGACAAGCUAAAUGCGGAAUGGUCUGGCACGACUGCCACAGUUGUCCUGCACAAUCACAAAACUGGUCAGUUGAAUUACGCGCAUGUGGGCGACAGCAGCGCUGUGGUUGGGCGCGACGAUGGCCGUGAGACCCGUGCUCAUCAGCUUACCAGAGACCACAAGCCCGCUCUCUGUGAUGAGCGAGACCGUGUGGUAGCGUGGGGUGGCAGGAUCGAAUUUGAUGGCUACUCCGAUUUCCGAGUCUACAACAAAGAUGGCUAUGGCGCUGGUCUGAACAUGACCCGUUCUCUGGGCGAUCUCAACGCACACCGUGAGUGCGGCCUCAUUGCAGAUCCGGACGUAGGUGAGUACACGGUUACGCCAGAAGAUCAAGUCCUCCUGCUUUGCAGCGAUGGUAUUUGGGAGUUUAUGAGUCCUCAGGAAGCCGUGGACUUGGUGCUGAUGCACAGCGACCCAACAUCUGCAGCCCAAGCAUUGGUUAGCGAAGCACGCAGGCGAUGGACAGCUCUUGCUGAGUAUAUUGAUGACAUCGCGGCCCUGGUUGUGUACCUGGGUGCUGGACGUGAUCGGAGUAACGUACGCGCUGCAAGUGCCAGUGGUGGAGCAUGA